AUGUGCGGUCCGCAAGCUCCUCAAGCCCCAAAGACUCUCCCCAUCGAUGUCGAGGGGCAACAAGAGCGACGCCGCAGUUCGAAAGCCACACUGGAACAAGAUAACUCGCCUCGGAUUGUGGCCUUGCAGGCUCUUUUUGGGUUUACCCACCAAGAGAUGUGCCAAGUUAGAGGACUACCCACGAUAGCCUCCUGGUGCCGCUACCUUGAAGGUUGUUUUCAGCCGCUUCUUACAGAGCAAUACGAAAGUGUCUGGCUUGCAUUUGGACUUCCGCGCCCGAAGUCCCCGUCACACUGCUGGCCUCUAUUCGAAGCUGUUUGUCGCGCAGUUGUGGAGGUCGAUGAGGAGGGGUACAGCAUACAAGAUGUCUGGCGGUUGGCCAAGAUCUCCAUUGGUUCAGACUCGGAAGCGGUGGCAGAAGAGGAUGGCUUAAUAACACCAGCAGCACAUGACGAAUGCAUGAUUGUCGUUUUUGCCAUCAUCUGCUGGGGCAGCAUGAUCCUUCAGCCUCAGGUCACGCGGCGCCAAUCUGCCAACCCCUGCCUUUCGGUCCAUCAGCUGUCCGCCCGCCAUCAAGGGUUGAAAAUGGACUUCGUUCGCCGGCCCAUUCCAGUGAUUUUUCGGAAUUUCCGCAAGACUCUUACCAGUCGACAGCUUCAAAGGACGUCAGUAACAGGUGAACCCUGUAUUCUCUUCGUGUCAACAAUCAACUACCACUCCCUACGAACCAUCGGGAAAGUAAGGCUCAAAUGGGUUGAUAACCUGAGCAGUCACUUGAACUUUGAUUCGAGGACACGAACCCUCUCCGUUUUUCAAUUUCCCAGCUUUUGCGCCCUCUCAACCAUUCCCAGCGACAGGGGUAUCCUAUUUGAAGAGCUGGUGCGAACCCUGUUCUCGACCGGCGAUGAGAUUGUCAGAGAGCUUGAAAGCAGUCGGCAACUCGGCUCAGAAGUCCUUAUGUCCUACCGUCUACUCUUCGGCCAGACCCGUGCUGCUAGGAAGCUAGGGAAAACGGAAUUGCAGACGAUUAAAGACAGUUAUGACUACGACCAGUUGUUGGACUGUUUAUGCACAAACCCGCGCAAAGAGGUGGUCAAAAAACUCCCCGACUCGUUUUGGCCGGCUUCAUGCCGCGGUCUUGACAAUACAUUGCAAGAGGACGAUUCUUAUAGCUCGCAAGACGACUUUCCCAUGCUGGGCUCGCGCUUAGCCGCCAUCCAGGAGUUCAAUCUGAGGCAACAGCCCAGCAGGUUGCGUGAUUUGUGGAGGGAUCGAAGAAACCCCCUUCAGUGGUACACUUUCUGGGCAGUACUAGUAGUCGGGGGCCUGUCGAUCAUCCUCGCAAUUCUGCAACUGACGGCAGCAAUUCUAGCAGUGGUACCGCUGCGAGGCUAG